AUGUUGCCCCCUACAUAAUAAAACCUUAUUCCUAAGAAAAAAAUCGAACAUUAUACUUAUUUAAUGCAUGAACAGAUAGGACGAGGAUACAGUUCUAAGGUAUAUAAGGGUAAAGACGAAAAUACAGGAGAAGUUGUAGCUGUAAAAGUAAUUGAUGUAAAAGCAAUCAACAAUGAGAUAGAAAGAUAAUUGAUUAAUCAGGAAAUCAAUGCAUUAAAAUUAAUACAAUCUGUAAAUGUUGUAAAAUUACAUGAUUACUAUCAUACUAACAAUAAUACAUAUAUCAUUACGGAAUAUUGUAAUCAAGGAGAUUUAGGCAAAUUAAUUUAAUAAUAAGGUAUCAUACCAGAAGUAGAAGCCUUUAAAAUCCUUAGACAUAUUAUUAAUGGAUUUAAAGAACAAAUUAGAAAAGGUGUCAUACAUAGAGAUAUUAAACCAACUAAUGUUCUUAUUAAAAAUUCAAUUCCUAAAUUAGCUGAUUAUGGAUUCUCUAAAAUGAUUAAAGCACCUAAAGAUAAAGUAUUUUAUAAAGUAGGCACUCCAAUUUAUAUGAGUCCUGAAAGUUAUUUAGAAAAUAAAUAUUCUGAGAAAAGCGAUAUUUGGAGCAUUGGUGUUGUCUAUUAUUAAAUGUUAUAUGGUUAAUGUCCAUGGGUUAUUAAUUCUGAAAGUGAAUUCUAAGAAUCUGUCUCAUAAUUACAUUUUAAUAGAAAUGUGCCGAUUUCAGAAGAAUCUAAAGAUUUCUUAAGAAGAGCUUUAUAAGUAGAUGAAACUUAACGUUUAUCUCUUUUUGAUAUAGAUUAACAUCCUCUAUUUCUCCGUAGAAAUACAACUGCUCUCAAUAAAAUGAGAGGAGCACUUGUUAGUAAUUCAUUUAAUAAAUCUAUCACUAAUAUGAAUGUUGUUAGAGUCAACCAAACAUAAUAAUGUACUAGAAGUGGGUCUACUGCACACAAACAUUAAAAAUCUAAUCAAGUCAAAGAAAGAAUAGGUACUAUUGUAUAACAUACUUAUUAAAGUUUUCAUUAUGGUAAUUAUAUAUUGAUACAUCUAAUCUAGAAUCUUAAUCUGAAGAAAUUAUAUGUAAUUUCCUUAAUUAAUGCAAAUUUAUCUAUCGUACUUGUUAACUCAUUGAUCAUAUUAAGUAUCUACAAUCACCAAGACUAAGAGAAAAGAUUAUGGGCUAUUUUGGAAGAGAAGUUAUGGAUAUCAUGAAUAAAGUAUGUGGAAUAUUUAUUACAAGCUUAAAGAAGCAUAUGAAAAAGGAAUCAAUAACAUUAAAGUCAUCAAUUUCAAUCAUCAGAUUAUAAUAUCCAUCCUUAAUAAGUAAUCCUUUCGAGAUAUCUAUAUUAAAUAUAAAGACUUUUAUGGAAUGUCUUUAUUAGGUGAUAUUUCUAAUCUUAGAGAACUUAUUAGAGAAUUGAAUCAUUAACUUAGAAUCAAUGAAUAAAAUGAAACUGGAAUCUUAUUAUUAGAUUAUCUAACAUAUUAUUAUCAGGUUCUCACUAGUAAUAAUACAUAAUAAUUCUUGGAUGGUAAACCUAUCAAUGAAAUUACACCAGCACAUUAUUAAGAAAUUAGAGUAAAAAUAUAUAAUUUAGAUAUUUGA